AUGGAGCGGGAUACCAACGCUUUGUAUAAUACCUUGGGUGUACGAAAAAGUGCUACCGAAGACGAGAUUAAAAAAUCAUAUCGACGUUUGGCAUUAAGAUAUCAUCCUGACAAGAACCCUGAUGCUACCGAUCAGUUCAAGGAAAUUACACAUGCAUACGAAAUACUUAGCGAUUCCAAGAAACGAUCAGUAUAUGAUAAAUAUGGAGAAAUGGGAAUAAAUAUGAUGGAUUCGAUGGCUGGAUUUUUAUUUGAUCCAGAUAUUGAGGGACCAUUAUGUAUGCUUUUCACCACCGUUUCGAUUUCGAUCAUUCUCUUGAUUUUGUUCUUCGCUUUUUUAUCAAUACGAGUAGAUAAAAAAGUAAAUUGGAGUUUUGGAGUUGUGUUCAUACCUUUGUGGAUUGUAGAUUUAGUGUUAUUUGUUGGAUUGGUUGCACAAGCAAAGAAAGAACCAACUGAAUAUGAUGAGCAUGAUGCAGAGGAAUUUGAAGGAUUAUAUCAUGGCGAUAGAGAACAAGCGAGAGAAGCAAGAAGGCUACAACAAAAAAGAUUACAUCGUCUUAGAAAUUUUCUGGCGAUUGCAUAUUUAUUAUUGUUCUUCACAUUUCAAAUAUUAAUAGUUCUCCGAGCAGAUGGGGUUAAAAAUUUGAGUGCGGUUAUCGUAUUUAUUCCAUAUUUUAUUAUCGAAUUUAUUAAUGUAUACCCGAAUAUCAUGGAGUAUGUUGGUAUACUCAAAACCACUAGAGUGUACGAUCAAAAUGGUAAACCUUCUCUAAAGCUUAAGAUUAAAUUGUUCUUUGAGACAUUUUGGUGGCUUUUGAUCAGAGUAGCUUUAGCAAUCUUAAUCGUCCUUAAUAUUGAUGGUGUUAUAAAAGUUAGUUGGGGAAUAGUAUUCUUUCCAUUAUAUUUAGUUGGAUUUCGUUAUGCACUUGAGAUUUUAUCGCAAUGGCGGUUGCUAAGGAAAGCCGAGCCUUUACAAAAUAGAUUAAGGGUUGAUGUUUUGGUUUCAGCUACCGUAUUAGGAGUGAUUGGAACUUUAUCCUACACUGUUAUAGGAUUACUGGCAAGUAGACUUGAUGGAAAUGAUGGAAUUAGAUUAUCAUCAAUUCUAAUUCCUGUUUUUAUCGUCCUAUCCCUUUUGUUUUGUUGCUCGGGAUGUUGUUUACCUUGCGUUUUCUUGAAUUGGGGUGGUGAUGAUUUCGAAGGUAGUGGUGAAGCUCCGUUUAUAUCACCUGAUAAAAGAAUAACAUAUCCCUCUGUAGCUGGUCCGAGUUCAAGUUCAGGUGGAAGCAAUGAUGCAGUAUAA